AUGGAACCCAUGGACACCAAGCCGUUCAAUUCAUACUCCCAUCAACCACCUCCCGAUUACUAUGACUCCAAUCCUAGAGAAAACGAUGAUGCGCUGUCCAUAUCCCCAAUAUCAGGUCCCGGUCCAGAAGACCGAACUCCGCUUUCUGCGAAGAGCGGAAAGGAACCAAGGGGCGCAUACAGGCCCAUCCGCCAUGCGGACGAUGCCGAAGCUUACCUAGAAAGUAUCACGGAAGCAGAGAGGGAUCUGCUCAUCGGUUCAAGAUUCUCCUUGGACUCUAAUGAUAGUGACGAUUUUGGAGAUCGACAUUUUCAAAAACAACCUGAAAAGGGGCGGAAGGGGAUACGCUAUUUCUUGCCGACGUGGCGGUAUGCACUUCUUGGCGUGGUGGUAAUUCUGGUUGCUCUUUUUGGACUCUGGGGAGAUGUUAGAUUUCUGUCUGGGCCGCCUCCUGUUCAUUAUGAUCCGGUUUCAUGGUAUCCUACUCCUCUUGGGGGAACUGUGAGGGAAUGGGAGGAGAGCUACCGCAAAGCUCAGCAGAUGGUCCAGGAAAUGACCCUAGUUGAAAAGGUUAACAUCACCACUGGAACAGGUUGGCAGAUGGGGUUGUGUGUGGGGAACACGGGGCCUGCCGACAUCGUCAAAUUUCCUUCUCUGUGUUUGCAGGAUGGACCUUUAGGGCUGCGGUUUGCAGAUAAUAUCUCUGCGUUCCCGGCAGGCAUCACGACGGGAGCUACAUGGAACCGAGAUCUCUUUCGUGAGCGUGGCCGUGCACUAGGCCAGGAAUCCCGUCUGAAAGGCGUGAAUGUCAUCCUUGGUCCGUCUAUGGGUGCUAUAGGAAUGAACCCGGCAGGAGGUCGUAACUGGGAAGGCUUUGGCUCCGACCCUGUACUCCAAGGCGUGGCAGCUGCGGAGACCAUUCGAGGAAUCCAACAGAAUGGUGUAAUGGCUACUGCUAAGCACUACGUGAUGAACGAACAGGAGCAUUUUCGUCAGCCUUUCGAAUGGGGCAUACCGACUGCCAUAUCAUCCAACAUCGACGACCGUGCUCUGCACGAAGUCUUUGUGUGGCCUUUUGCUGAGAGCAUUCGCGCGGACGUUGCGAGUAUUAUGUGCUCCUAUCAAAGGGUAAACAACAGCCAUGCCUGUGAGAAUAGCAAGAUCCUUAAUGGAAUCUUGAAGGAUGAGCUCGGAUUCCAGGGCUUUGUUCAAUCAGACUGGCUCGCACAACGUUCCGGAGUGGGCAGUGCUCUGUCAGGCUUGGACAUGAGUAUGCCUGGGGAUGGUCUGCGCUGGACUGACGGAGAAUCCCUGUGGGGCAGCCAGCUCACUAGGGCAGUACUAAACUCAUCUGUUCCCAUGGAACGACUAAACGAUAUGGUGACGCGCAUUGUGGCGGCUUGGUACCAUCUCAAGCAAGAUACUUGGGAACAUCCGCCACCUGAAGGAGAAGGUGGCCCGAACUUCUCAUCGUGGACCAAUGAGGAAAUUGGCCAUUUGCACGAGGGAAGCGAUGAUGAUGAUGCUACAGGGGUGGUGAACCACUUUGUAGAUGCGCAGGGGAAGGGACCAGAUGCUCAUUGGAAUGUUGCCAGGAAGGUUGCGGCGGAGGGGACGGUUCUGCUGAAGAAUAUUGAUAAUAUUCUACCAUUGUCUCGAGAUGGAUCUGGUCCAGGAGCUCCUUUCCGGGUAGGAAUCUAUGGGGAAGAUGCCGGUCCGGGCAACGGACCUAACGCAUGCCCCGAUCGAGGAUGCAACCAGGGAACCCUGGCGUCAGGCUGGGGCAGCGGAGCUGUUGAAUUCCCCUACCUGGUCAGUCCAUGGGAGGCUCUUCAGACCGCCUGGACGUCGGACAACGUCGACACGAAGGGCUAUCUGACAAACACGGUUGAGCAAGAAGACCUCCAGGAUAAGGACCUAUGUAUCGUGUUUGCCAAUGCAGAUGGGGGAGAAGGAUUUAUACACAGAGAUGGUAUCCACGGCGACCGAAAUGAUCUCUUCCUCCAAGGGGGAGGUGAUCGUCUUAUUAGAUCAGUCGCGGCUGGCUGCGGAAACGGACAAGGGAAGACGGUAGUUGUCAUCCAUGCAAUUGGGCCUGUAUUCAUGGAACCCUGGAUCGAUCUCCCAGGCGUACAUGCGGUUCUCCUUGCCAAUCUACCAGGAGAAGAGAGCGGAAACGCCCUGGUUGACGUGCUAUUCGGAGAAGUCGAUGCCAGCGGAAGACUCCCGUACACCAUUGGCAAGACCUUAGCAGACUAUGGACCCAAUGCACAGGUUCUCUACAAAGCCAACGGACCCGUCCCGCAAGUGACUUUCACGGAUGGCCUAUAUAUCGACUACCGCCACUUUGACCGACAAAAUAUCACUCCCCGGUUCGAGUUCGGGUUCGGCCUGUCCUAUACCACAUUCCAACUCUCCAACCUCAAUAUUGUCCCACUACUCGAGAAAUCGGCAUUACCAUCUCCUCGGCCCAAUGACACCGCGUCUCCACCAUCCUACGACACCGAACGGCCGGAUCCCGCUCUUUCCCUAUUUCCAGCCGGCUUCCGACAGCUGCAUAAGUACAUAUACCCUUAUCUCUCCAGUCUGGACGGUACAGAACCAAAGAAAAACCCCUACCCGUUCCCACCCGGCUAUCACAAAACGCAGCAUCCCUCUCCAGCCGGAGGCGGACCCGGGGGAAACCCAUCUUUAUACGAGCCAGUAGUGCGGGUCCAGGUGCAAGUCGACAACACAGGCUCACGGACCGGAAAGGAGGUAGCCCAGUUAUAUGUCUCGUUCCCGGCGAACGUAACAGAGAAAUGGGGUAAGCUACCAUGGCAGCACGACGAGAUCGAAUUCCCCGUCCGGGUUCUCCGGAAUUUCACGAAAAUCGAGCUCCAAUCAGGCGAGUCGGAGGUUGUGGAGAUGACGCUUUCCCGGAAGGAUCUAAGCUAUUGGAGCGUGAGGCGGCAGAACUGGGUGAUGCCUGAGCAGGGGAAGUUUGGCAUUUGGGUUGGGAGGAGUAGUCGGGAUUUGGCAUUGGUUGGCGAGUAUUAGAACGGCGUGAGAUAUAUUUGGAGUAACGUAUACUUGGAUGGUAUAAUCGGAUUGAAUCGCUUGGUUACCUCAAUGCUAGGCUGUUGAGGUCCUCUUACCAUCACACCCGAUCAAAGAGGCAUAAAUACAGGAAUAAGUCCGUGCACUAUUCUAACAAUGAAACUGCAUCCGAAGCACAGUUACAAGGGAGCUGUCCAGAUCUGCUGUUAGUCGCCGUUGGUGCCCAUCACCUCUCUAACAUCAUGGACUACGAUAAGCCUCUCGACCGUCUUCACCUGGCAGAGGAGGCUGAAUGGGCUGGUUGUAUGAAAU